AUGGAUGCCGUCAAACGAAGGCUAAAUUCGACGCGAGCUCAGCUGGAGACGGUGGAGAAGGAAUUGGAUGGUUGGACACCGAAGACUGCUCAAGAAAGCCAAUUUACAGACUUGUUCAUAAAUGCCCUUAAAGAAGAAUUGGAUAAAUUGAUCCAGUUGAGCGAAGAGUGGCUCGUCAGGAAGGUCGCGGACCAUGAGGAAGAGAAAGGGCGUAUCACGGAAAUUUUCGAGCGCAUUAAUGAGUCUAGAGUCCAGUUCGAGAAAUUCUUGUUGAAUGGUCUCAAACCUUCGAGCAUUGCCGACCACAAAUACCAUUUAGAGGGUGAAGAAGAGCAGCGCGUGCGGCGUGAGGUAUGCACGCCAGGAACCCGCGUCCGUAUACUCAACGAUAUCAUUACUUGGGCUAAGAAUACCUCACCAGGAAGCCCAAAUGUCUACUGGCUCUCUGGUCAGGCUGGAUCAGGAAAGAGUACGAUCGCCUAUAGUAUUGCUCGCCGUUUCGAGUUCGCUGGCGAUCCCAACGACACGAUUAUCUUGGGAGGAAACUUCUUCUGCUCGCGGCAGUUCAAGGAGACUCGGCUCUCUAAAUGUAUCAUUCGUACAGUCGUGCAUCACCUCGCGCUCAAAUGCAGGGCAUUCGCCGAUCAACUCAAUGAUGCGAACUUUGAAAUCGUUAAUCAGAACGUCCGUUUCCAGCUUGAGGACCUGCUCAUUGCACCCUGGCAGGCGUCGAAACCUAAUUGGUGCCCAGAUCCACUGAACCCACCCCCACAUUACCUUAUUGUCAUUGAUGCCCUGGACGAGAUUGACGGGACAGGUGGUUCCGAGUUUUUACGGGUUCUUAUUGAGGUUAUUGACAAAAACGAAAACCGCUUACAAGGACUCAAGUUUUUUGUCACGAGUCGGCCAGACCCCAACCUUGUCGGGCUUGUGGAUUCUCUGAAGUCCAAGCAACGUUACCGCCUUGAGCAGGCGCCCCCGGAGGAAGUGCAGGACGAUAUCAGGACAUACCUGACGGUUGAACUCCCGCAUUUCGCAGGGUGCGAAGAGUUUGAAAAUCUUGUAGCGCUGACAGCCGGAUUAUUCAUAUAUGCUGCCACCAUUGUAAAGUACCUAACAAGACGUGGGCACUCAGAGCAGAAGAGCUUCUUGGCAAAGCUCCUAGCUUCUUCCAACUCAUCUAAACUGCAAUCGUUGUCAACUGCCAGUGGGCCUUUCACAUUGCUCAAUACGCUGUAUUCUCAAAUCCUUGACAAAGCUUUUCACGACUUCAGCCCACAAGAGGAUGGUUGGGAAGUCCGGCGCAUCAUCCUACACACAUUCCUGUGUACCGCUGAGCGGACAUCAACCUCUGUUGUUGCCAACCUUCUCUUCACUUCGGACUACACCGAUGUCGCGGAAAAGCUCCUCUCAGAUCUUCAUGCCGUGCUCUACUGCGGCGAACAUGGUCAAGUCCUGACUUACCACAAAUCCUUUUCGGACUUCAUACUCGAUCAGGGUCGCUCAGAUAACUUUGGGUGCAAUCAAGCGAUGCACCAUCGGGUUCUCGCCGAUGCCUGCUUCAGGUGCAUGAAGGACGGAUUGCGCUUCAACAUAGCAAAUAUCCCUUCAUCAUUUGUACUUGAUAUAGACAACUCCAUACUUGCGGACGCCGUCAAAGAAAACAUCGCUCCUGUCUUGAGCUAUUCCUCCCGGAACUGGAGUUACCACCUCUCUGCUGCUGCAUCGAUCAUCCCGGAUGGUCUGCAUGACAGCAUAUCGGAAUUCCUGCAACUUCGUGCUCUAUUCUGGAUCGAGGCCAUGAACCUCCUAGGUUUGCGCGGCGUCUGCGGGUCGAUGCUUCGAACAGUGCAUGACUGGGUUGGCAGCUUUUCAGUGACGGCAGUUGCAGUUUCGCCGAGUGGAAAACAGAUCGUCUCUGGCUUGGAGGACAAAUCAGUGCGGGUCUGGGAUGCGUCAAUGGGCGAUGAGUUGAAGGUGUUGAAGGGCCAUACAGAUUUGGUUAGAUCGAUCGCAUUUUCGCCAGAUGGCAAACAGAUUGUCUCUGGCUCAAACGAUGAAUCAGUGCGGGUCUGGGAUGCGUCAACGGGUGACAAGUUGAAGGUGUUGAAGGGCCAUACAGAUUCGGUCAUAUCAGUCGCAUUUUCGCCAGAUGGCAAACAGAUUGUCUCUGGCUCGAAUGACAGAUCAGUGCGGGUCUGGGGUGCGUCGACAGGCGACGAGUUGAAGGUGUUGGAGGGCCAUACAAAUUUGGUCAGAUCGGUCGCAUUUUCACCAGAUAGCAAACAGAUUGUCUCUGGCUCUUACGAUGAAUCAGUGCGGGUCUGGGAUGCAUCAACAGGUGACAAGUUGAAGGUAUUGAAGGGCCAUACAGUUGGUGAGAUUGUCUCUGGCUUGGAGGACAAAUCAGUGCGGGUCUGGGAUGCGUCAAUGGGCGAUGAGUUGAAGGUGUUGAAGGGCCAUACAGAUUUGGUUACAUCAGUCGCAUUUUCGCCAGAUGGCAAACAGAUUGUCUCUGGCUCGGACGACAAAUCAUUGAAGGUGUUGAAGGGCCAUACACAUAUGGUCAGAUCAGUCGCAUUUUCGCCAGAUGGCAAACAGAUUGUCUCUGGCUCGGAUGACAAAUCAGUGUGGGUCUGGGAUGCAUCAACUGGCGACAAGUUGAAGGUGUUGAAGGGCCAUACACAUUUGGUCAGAUCGGUCGCAUUUUCGCCAGAUGGCAAAAAGAUUGUCUCUGGCUCGGAUGACAAAUCAGUGUGGGUCUGGGAUGCAUCAACUGGCGACAAGUUGAAGGUGUUGAAGGGCCAUACACAUCUGGUCAAAUCGGUCGCAUUUUCGCCAGAUGGCAAAAAGAUUGUCUCUGGCUCGGAUGACAAAUCAGUGUGGGUCUGGGAUGCAUCAACUGGCGACAAGUUGAAGGUGUUGAAGGGCCAUACACAUCUGGUCAAAUCGGUCGCAUUUUCACCAGAUGGCAUACAGAUUGUCUCUGGCUCUUACAACAAAUCAGUGUGGGUCUGGGAUGCGUCAACAGGUGAUGAGUUGAAGGUGUUGAAGGGCCAUACAGAUUGGAUCACAUCAGUCGCAUUUUCGCCAGAUGGCAAUCAGAUUGUCUCUGGCUCGAACGACAAUUCUGUACGGGUCUGGGAUUUUGGAUCUCUUUACAUCCACGAGACGAUAUCCGAUUCCAAUCACCAUGAAAAUCAUACUGGGUGGCUUCUCUCCCCUGAUGGCCAACACCGUCUCAUGUUUGUGUCCCCCGAGUUCAUGCACGCUGCAUCCGCAUCACAUACCGCCAAUGCUACCCGCCGCCAACGCCCUCGACAAGCUCAAGGAGCACCCAGUACUUCGACACCUCAGCCUAGAUGGCGUUGUGACAUUCACACGCCUUGCGAGCCACCUCAAACGCGAUAUCCUCCAACCACAACCAAUCCCACAGAGUAAUCCAUCAAUUCCGCCCGCCGUCCUGCCCCUGCCUAUUAUGAAUUUUCUUGGAGCUUCUCUGGGAAUGUCCACCGAUGACAUUGAUGAUUGUUGGGAUAUUUUGCAAGAUUAUGUGUGGGAGAUACCUGUAGUGCCGCUUUCAUCAACGGACUUUCAUUUGUUCAAACAAUUUGGAUGGCCAUGUGGAUUGAGUUGAGUAGAUACUCAUUUGUAAAUGGACUCAGUUUUCUUAUCUAGUACGUUGUAGCCGCAAUAUCCAUAUACCCGCCCGACGA